AUGGGGAUGUGUUAUGCCUCGUCACAUACCAUGGGGAUGUGUAAUGCCUCGUCACAUACCAUGGGGAUGUGUUAUGCCUCGUCACAUACCAUGGGGAUGUGUUAUGCCUCGUCACAUACCAUGGGGAUGUGUAAUGCCUCGUCACAUACCAUGGGGAUGUGUAAUGCCUCGUCACAUACCAUGGGGAUGUGUAAUGCCUCGUCACAUACCAUGGGGAUGUGUAAUGCCUCGUCACAUACCAUGGGGAUGUGUUACGCCUCGUCACAUACCAUGGGGAUGUGUUACGCCUCGUCACAUGCCAUGGGGAUGUGUUACGCCUCGUCACAUACCAUGGGGAUGUGUUACGCCUCGUCACAUACCAUGGGGAUGUGUUACGCCUCGUCACAUACCAUGGGGAUGUGUUACGCCUCGUCACAUACCAUGGGGAUGUGUUACGCCUCGUCACAUACCAUGGGGAUGUGUUACGCCUCGUCACAUACCAUGGGGAUGUGUUACGCCUCGUCACAUACCAUGGGGAUGUGUUACGCCUCGUCACAUACCAUGGGGAUGUGUUAUUCCUCGUCACAUACCAUGGGGAUGUGUUAUGCCUCGUCACAUACCAUGGGGAUGUGUUAUUCCUCGUCACAUACCAUGGGGAUGUGUUAUGCCUUGUCACGUACCAUGGGGAUGUGUUAUGCCUUGUCACGUACCAUGGGGAUGUGUUAUGCCUCAUCACAUCACAUACCAUGGGGAUGUGUUAUGCCUCGUCACCUGAAUACUUCUUCCUUGUUGCUGAUUGGUGCGUGGGGGUCACGUGUCCCGGAAGACCCGCAGAGCUCUGCACAGUCCCGUAAGACGUUAUUAGUGACACAUGGCGUAUCCGGGAUACGGAGCCGCUCCCGCUGGGUUCCCAGGGCUCUGCUGUGGGUGCUCUGCUGUGGGUGCUCUCCUGUGGGUGCUCUCCUGUGGGUGCUCUGCUGUGGUUGCUCUGUUGUGGUAGCUCUGCUGUGGGUGCUCUCCUGUGGGUGCUCUCCUGUGGGUGCUCUCCUGUGGGUGCUCUCCUGUGGGUGCUCUCCUGUGGGUGCUCUGCUGUGGGUGCUCUGCUAUGGGUGCUCUCCUGUGGGUGCUCUGCUGUGCUCUGUUGUGGUAGCUCUGCUGUGGGUGCUCUCCUAUGGGUGCUCUCCUGUGGUAGCUCUGCUCUGCUCUGCUGUGGGUGCUCUGCUGUGGGUGCUCUGCUGUGGGUGCUCUGCUGUGGUAGCUCUGCUGUGGGUGCUCUCCUGUGGGUGCUCUCCUAUGGGUCAGCAGCAGCAGGACCCUCUGUACGGAUACUUCUCCUCUGUGGCCGGUCAGGAUGGACAGAUCUCUGCAGACGAGCUGCAACGCUGCCUCACCAGCUCCGGCAUCUCAGGCUCCUACAACCCGUUCAGCCUGGAGACCUGCCGCCUCAUGAUCAGCAUGUUGGACAGAGACUACUCCGGCUCCAUGGGCUUUAACGAGUUUAAGGAGCUGUCCGGGGUCCUGAACCAGUGGAAGACCAUGUUUAUGCAGUACGACCGAGACCGCAGCGGGACCGUGGACCCCCAGGAGCUGCACCAGGCCCUGGGCCACAUGGGUUAUAACCUUAGUCCUCAGGCUCUCAGCUCCAUUCUGAAGCGCUACAGUCAUCACGGCCGCGUCGGCUUCGACGACUUCGUCUGCUGCUGCAUCAAACUGAGAGCUCUGACUGACCACUUCAGGAGGAGGGAUGCGUCUAACUGUGGAAAAGCGAACUUUGCUUAUGACGACUUUAUCCAAGUCACCAUGAGCCUCUGA